UCUUUUGAAUAUUUUGUUUCGAUGCUGAAUUUCAAUACGGAUAACGGAUACCUGGAGGGAUUGGCCCGUGGAAUCAAGGCUGGUUUGUUAAAACAAGGAGAUUAUCAUGUCUUGGUUCAAUGUGAAACGCUAGAAGACUUGAAGCUCCAUCUGCAAGACACAGAUUAUGGCGAAUUCCUAGCAAACGAACCAAGCCCGCUCACCGUUGGAACAAUAGAAGAAAAGAUAAGAGAAAAAUUUGUGAGGGAGUUCCUACACCUCCGGAAUCAAGCUGUUGAGCCUCUAUCUACUUUUCUGGAUUAUAUCACCUACAGUUACAUGAUUGAUAAUAUAGUUCUGUUGAUAACGGGUACGCUGCAUGGAAGGCCAAUCGCAGAACUUAUGACCAAGUGUCACCCUUUGGGGACUUUUUUGGAAAUGGAGACCCUAAACAUUGCUUCCAACCCGGCAGAGUUGUAUAAUGCUGUUUUGGUGGACACCCCAUUGGCUCCGUAUUUCAUCGAUUGUAUAUCUGAACAAGAUUUGAAUGAGUUAAACAUCGAAAUAAUUCGUAACACGUUGUACAAAGCUUACCUUGAAGACUUUUACGAGUUCUGCAAGAAACUCGGCGGAAAAACAGCGGAAGUCAUGUGUGAGAUAUUGGCAUUUGAAGCUGACCGGCGGGCUUUUAUUAUUACGAUUAAUUCUUUCGGGACUGAACUAUCCAACGAAGACCGCUCCAAAUUAUAUCCUACAUGCGGAAAACUUUACCCGGAGGGACUUUCAGCCCUAUCAAAAGCAAACGAUUUUGAGCAAGUGAAAGCGAUUGCAGCCUACUAUUGUCACCUCUCAAACCAAAUCUAUUCUAUC